CAUGACAGUUACACUGUUUAAUAUUUCCAUAGAAGAUAUAAAAUUAUCAAUGUAUCUCUUUUGUUAAAAGUUGAAUAUUCCAGGGAAAGGACUGUUUAUAUUAUAAUAAAUACACAAGUGAGCGAUUUAGGGUUUUGAUCAGUUAAUUGAAAUGUAGCCACAAUAAUGCGCGUUUAGGGAACGUUUUUUAACAUUUUUGGAUAGUUAUUCUUUUGUACCAGAAGUGGGUAGUUAUUCUGAUCGGGAUUCCGGGUUAAAGCGUGGAAGCGUAUUGCAUCUAUAAAAUAUUAUAAAAACAAGAAAUAUUACCAGAUACAUGAAGGGCACUUGCAAGGCUGCGGUUCACAGUUUUACAUUUAUUGGAACACUUCAGCCACAAAUUCAGAUUGAUCUGUCAACAAAGCAUCGCCAUUUUGUAACUAUCUAGCAGGUGCCUGUUAUCUUUCCGCUCAACAUACUUAGCGCUGGGAUCUGUCAUUCUUGGCUAGGAAAACAACAAGUGGGAUAUGGAUGACAAGUGGGAUAUGGAUGCGUAGAGUCACCAGAACAAAAAUCGUCAAAGACUCUGAAGCGGCUGUUUCUAUGGGCUUACCCAGGGCCAAACAUACCAAUCAGCCCCAAAUCACUUCAGACUGUAAUAUGUUUCAAGUGCUGAAAUUCCAAUUAUCACAACCCUUGGGCACUAUGUAAACAUUGUAUUACUGCUUAGCAAUUGUGAUAAAAAAACAUAUUCAAUCCUUUACAAAGUUUUGUUUGCCAGCUUUCAUUGAUCAGGAUAUUUGUACCAUAAUGGAGUUAAAUGUCCAUUGCAUUUGUGAGCAUUUAAGUACAAUUAAGGCACAAAAUUGAUCCCCUUUUCACAAACCACUGUCUUUAUUUACAGCAGCUGAUCAGGGAGAUUUGAUUUUUUAUUCAACAUUAGUUUUAAUGCAUUCUGUUAAUGACAUAUACUUGAGCUGAUAAAAUGAAGUUAUUGGUUGAUACACAUUAUUUGACAUACAGACAGUAUGCGAUAUUGAAAAAAACAAUGGAAUUUGGAGCAUUGUUACAAAAUUGUUUCCAGUCUGGCAGAAAAGUAAGCAGGAAUAUAAGUUGCUCAAGAACUUUACUGCGGGAAGCAGAGAAGCAUGGUCAGACUGACCUGGCCUUGUUUCCAAAUCCAGGGUCCUCCAAUAUAUUUGUGCCAAGAAGUGAAGCACCAAGGCAGGAGGACCUAGACAGACUUCAAGAGUUUGUUAACUGUAGCAAGAGAUUGCUUGUCUUAACAGGUGCUGGUUUAUCUACAGAGAGCGGAAUCCCAGACUACCGAUCUGAGGGGGUUGGGCUGUAUGCUCGCAGCUCCAACAGGCCAGUGCAGUACCAAGACUUUGUCAAGUAUCCUGAAAUAAGGCAGAGGUACUGGGCCAGGAAUUAUGUUGGCUGGCCAAAGUUUGGUUACUUCCUUCCUAACAGUUGCCAUGAGGCGCUUGCACAAUGGGAGCGGGUGGGGCGACUCCACUGGCUUGUCACACAAAACGUAGACGCCCUCCACCACAAGGCCGGCAGCAGGCAGGUCACUGAGCUCCAUGGAAGCGGGCACAGGGUGAUGUGCCUGCAGUGUGAUCAGCGGAUGUCACGCGUUGAGAUGCAGGCACUGAUUGUCCACCACAACCCAGACUGGAAGGCGGAGGCGGGAGACAUGGCCCCGGAUGCUGAUGUCCAGCUUACAACACAGCAGAUACAGGGAUUCAAGGUGCCCCCUUGCCCUAAGUGUGGAGGCGAUUUGAAGCCAGAGAUCACGUUCUUUGGUGACAAUGUGGCAAAGGAGACGGUGGAAUUUGUGCAUAAAAAGUUGAGAGAAAGUGAUGGUCUUCUAUUAGCUGGGACCUCUCUGCAGGUGUAUUCAGGGUACAGGUUCGCCGCGGCGGCCAGUGAUCAGGGCAAACCAAUAGCAAUUGUCAACAUUGGCCCAACACGGGCGGACAAACUGGCUCAUCUUAAAGUGGACAGUAAAUGUGGUCAAGUGUUACCAUAUGUGGAAGUUUCUUAAUCAAAGUACUGGUUUCAAGAAACAUGUACCUCUGUUUAACUUUUUUUUAUACAUUUAUCAUCGCAGCAAAUACUUGCUUUUGUGUUUUUAACUUUACUCUAAAGAAUAAAGAUAUUUUUACAAUUAUAUUUGAAAUUUAAAGUUUUUUUUUCCAUAAAAAAGGAUAUAUA